UUUGGUGCUAUCGCUGGGUCCUGCAACCUCAAUUCAAAGCCAAAGGCUCUUCUUCUCCCAAUGCUUUUUGAAGUUGAGAAGCAUGAGAAAUUUUCAUCUCUCUCGCUGCCUUGUCUGUCACCAUGUUUUUUGGGUGGGUGGGGGUGGCUGGUGGCAGCAGCAAUGCUAACACCACCAGCAGAGACAAUUGUUGGUGUCUUGCCAUCACUUGCCAUUUUCGUGGGGGCUAAAGAAAGCAUGAGAGGAUGCAGUGCUAAAUAUAGAAAGGGGGGGAGAGAGAUUUUAAUGGUAUUUAUUUUCUCUUGCUAACAAGGGUUGUUGGUCUUGUUGUGAACUCCAGAGAUUGUAUUCUCCUCAAGGGAGAAAAAGAGGAGGAGGAGAGGGGAGGAUGAUGGGGUCUUUUGGGGUGGCUGUGGGCGUGGGAGGGAGCAGUUGCUGCUCUGGUGCAGGUGACCAAGGAAGAGAAGAUGGGGAUGGCCACAUUGAUACCGAGCUAUGGCGUGCGUGUGCCGGUCCGCUCGUUACCGUUCCUCGUGUGGGGGAGAAGGUCUUCUACUUCCCUCAAGGUCAUAUGGAACAGGUUGAGGCUUACACAAAUCAAGAGGCCAACCGGCAAAUGCCGAUCUAUGGUUUGCCUUAUAAAAUACUUUGCCGAGUUGUAAAUGUCCAGUUAAAGGCAGAACGAGAUACCGAUGAAGUCUUUGCGCAUGUGACAUUGCUUCCAGAACAUGAGCAACAGGAUGAGGGUACUUCCAAGAAUGAAGCUGUGCCGACUCCGAUUACAAAGCCGUGUGUGCGUUCCUUCUGUAAGAUUCUCACUGCCUCUGAUACUAGCACCCAUGGAGGUUUUUCUGUUCUAAAGCGACAUGCUGAUGAGUGCCUCCCCCCACUGGACAUGUCCCAGCAACCCCCAGUUCAAGAGCUUGUGGCAAAGGAUUUGCAUGGUGUAGAAUGGAGCUUUCGCCAUAUCUUUCGUGGUCAGCCGAAGCGGCACUUGCUGACAACCGGUUGGAGUACAUUUGUGAAUGCAAAAAAGCUUGUUGCAGGGGAUGCUUUUAUUUUCCUCAGUGGUGAAAAUGGAGAACUUCGUGUUGGUGUUCGUCGGGCAAUGAGGCAACAUGCCAGUGCAUCUGCAUCGGUCAUAUCAGGUCAAAGCAUGCAGCUUGGUCUGCUUGCAUCUGCAUCACAUGCAAUUACCACUGGGACAAUGUUCAGUGUUUAUUAUUGGCCUAGGCGUAGUCCAGAGUUCAUAAUUCCCUACAAUCAGUAUGUGGAAUCUACAAAGAACAACUAUUCAAUUGGAAUGAAAGUCCGAAUGAAGUUUGAAGGAGAAGAAGGUCAAGAAGAAAGAUUUACAGGGACGAUAAUCAGUAUAGAAGAUGCAGAUCCAGCAACGUGGCCUGGUUCAGAGUGGAGGUGUUUCAAGGUCCACUGGGACGACACCUCCACUAUUAUGCGCCCACAGAGAGUGUCCCCAUGGAAUGUUUUUCCAUUUGUAGCAGCAGCAGCACCACCUUCAUUCAUACCGCCACCCAAGAGGCGUGCUACACCUCUGUCAUCACCUCCUGAUCCAUCUGCCCCAGUUAGGGAUGGCCCGCUAAAAGUCUCCAAUGAACCUGCUCCUAGAUUAUGUGAGGUCUUGCAAGGUCAAGAAAACAUGGUACCAACACUAGGAUCCAUUAGUGACUAUCUUGAACAAGGGACGGCUCACAAUCUUCUGUCUUCCCAACGAAUGCCUCCAUCCAGUCCUGAUGCUAGAAGAAGCAAUGAAUUGAUCAAUUCUCGGAGAAAGAUGGGAUUAGAGGAGUGGACAUGCUCUCUGAGGCCUCGGCCUUGUUAUCAUGAUACUUAUGCAACCAGUGGAAUCUCAGAGACUUCCUGGCUUGAUAGCUAUUGGCAACGAAGGCUUCCCACUGUGAUUGACCUCGGGGCAACACAAGUCAAAUCCAAUAGAUUUCAGGAAAUGGAGAUUUGUAAGUCCAGGGAUACAGUAGAUAAUCCGACAACUGAACCAAUACCAAUCUCCAAUAGCCUUCGCAAGGAACAUAAUGUUCCAAAUAGGUUCAAGGAAGUGGAACAAAGUAUGUGCCUGGAAACAGGAGAGCCUUCAGGAGUAAAACCGGUUUCCAUGAUUAAGCUUUUUGGUGUUGAACUAUUUGAGAACCAUGUUGGUCCCAUGUUGUCCCAUGUUGCCUAUUCUGAUGAGCUUCCAAUCUCAUACAAUGCACUUCCUGUUACUGUACCACACAUGGCUUUAAGUGAACCUUACGUGCUUUCUGAGCCCUCAAAGAGUACAAAGCCAUCUGAAUGUAGUGUUUCUGAUGGCUUCCUGGCACAAUCAUCCACAAGUCAACCUGUUACUGCUCGAAGUUGCACGAAGGUUCACAAGCUGGGAACUGCUCUUGGGAGAUCUGUUGACCUAUCAAGAUUUGACGGCUAUGAGAGCCUAAUUGUUGAGCUUGACCAGAUGUUUGAGUUCCAGGGCGGUUUGGCAGACCGCAGCAGCGGUUGGCAGGUCAUUUAUGCAGACGAUGAAGGGGACAUCAUGAUGAUUGGAGAUUAUCCUUGGCUGAAAUUUUGCUCCAUGGUGCGUAAGAUGUACAUUUACCCCAAAGAAGAGGUCAAGAAGUUGAGCACUACACAACUAGAAGAAUUAACUGCAGGCAAGAAGACAUCUUGCGCAUAUAAUGUUGCAAGUUGAAAUGGAAGCUUCUGUUUCUUUUUCUUCCCUUGGGCAUUAUGAGAGCAAGUAGCCAGAUACAUUAUUUUGUCUGUAUGAAACCUACUGCUAUUUUAUCAUUUUCAUGAAUUGUUUUGAUUGUUGUGGUGUGAUGAGACAGAUGGGGAAAUUCAAAUUGUAAACUGGACGUACUGAACCUUUUUAGGUGAAAAGAGGUUCAUCCCUUGCCUGCUGAGGAAUCUGUUCUUUGGUUCCUCAUUGUAGCUUAGUUUGCCAAGAUCUGGUCAUCAUGGCGUCUCUAGUGUGUAUGUUAUGAGAAAUUAUCUUCAGUCUUGUGGUUUAAGAUACUGAAUUGCUAACAACACCAUUCAUCA